UCUCUCCCGCCUCUCGCUCUCCCUCUCUAACCUCGUCUCUCUUUGAAUUCGAGUUCAAGCAUCAAUGGAAACCCUACUAGCUGAAUCUGUGCAAAACAGCCUUGGCCAAUUUAUGUUCCACAACGCCAUUUUCAUGUGUGAACGACUCUGUGCCGAGUUCCCCACUGAGACAAAUAUGCAGCUUUUAGCUGGCUGCUACCUGCACAACCAACAGGCUUAUGCUGCAUAUCAUCUUCUCAAGGGGACAAGUAUGGCUCAAUCCCGCUACUUGUUUGCACUAUCAUGCUUUCAGAUGGAUCUUCUCACUGAAGCUGAGACAGCACUUUGCCCUCCUAAUGAGCCAACUGCAGAGGUUCCAAAUGGUGCAGCUGGGCAUUACCUUCUUGGUCUUAUUUACAGGUAUACAGAUAGAAGAAAUAGUUCCAUCCAGCAUUUCAAUCAGGCAUUGUUAUUGGAUCCAUUGCUAUGGGCUGCAUAUGAGGAGUUGUGUAUACUAGGUGCUGCAGAAGAAGCAGCUGCAGUUUUUGGGGAAGCAUCUUUGCUUUGCAUUCAGAAACAACACAUAGACCAAGGGAACCAAUCUCAAAAUUUACAAGCAUCCACUGAUGAUCAGAAUGUAGCUUCUACGAAUAUUGUCUCAGGCGACAUCAGCCCUAGGCAAUCAAAACAUACACACAGCAAUAAUCUUCGAGAAAUGUCUGGAAAUUAUAAUGGAGCAGCUGCUAUCCAGAAUUUAGGUGGGGUUUCUACUAACAUGUCAUUCUACAACACUCCCUCACCAAUGGCAUCACAGUUGUCAGGAGUGGUUCCACCUCCAGUUUGUAGAAAUUUUCAGCAAAAUGGAACUAAUGCAUCUGUGGCUGGUGCUGAUAAUUCUCCACGAGCAACUGUCAAUUCAACCAUUCAGGCCCCUCGGAGAAAGUUUGUUGAUGAGGGGAAGUUAAGAAAGAUAUCUGGGAGGUUAUUUUCUGAUUCUGGCCCUCGACGAAAUUCAAGGCUUGCUGGAGAAUCUACUGGAAACACAAAUUCAAAUGUAUCUGGUGCUUCUGGAAAUGGAACAAUUCAUUCUUCCAAAUAUUAUGGUAGUUCGAAGCUGAGCUCAAUGACUUUACGUUCCAUGACAAGUCGAAAGGCACAAUCUUGGGCUACCGAAAACUAUGGUGAAGGGACUCGCAAUGACAUUUCUAAUGAUUCUCGGCUAAAUAUGACUAUGUCACACCCUUCUGGAGAUGCUAGACCUCUUGAACAAGAAGGGCCCGGAACUUCUGCUUCUGGGGUUAAUGUAAGCAGCACAUCUAUCCUCUCAGGUGCUUCAGAGAUAUUGGCCCUUUUCAGGAUUCUUGGGGAAGGCUAUAGACUUUCUUGUUUAUAUAGAUGUCAGGAUGCACUGGAUGUUUAUAACAAACUCCCACACAAACAUUAUCACACUGGAUGGGUUCUUUCUCAGGUAAAGGUUCUCUGUCUUGAUCACUUUUUCUCCAAUCCUUUUGGAGGCAAUGGAAUCAAAGGAGAUAUUCAUUCUUGUCCUUUACUGUUUAUUUGCUCGUCUCUAAUUGAAAUUGCUUCCAGGAGCACUAUUUCCCAAGAGUGGUCUUCUAGGAUCUUGAUUCUGCCGUGUGAG